UUGCUGCUUCUUAGUGAAACAGCUAUCGGCAAAAGGAUAAACUUUGUAGUAGAGGGAAGAAGCACAAUUUUAAAAAGACUUUAGAUGGGCUCAUGCAAAAGAUGCUUUCCCAUAUUAAAUAAGCAGAGUUUUUAUCUGUUGCAUAUCCAAUGAUACUGUGUUUGGUGAUGGACUUCACGAAACUAAAUUUAAAGGUAGAAUCUCGGGCAAGCAAAGUAAUGUUCUGUGAAGGACAUGCUGUCUUCUCAUUCUGCAGUAGAAGUGAUUUUGGUCCUAUUUUUGGCUGCUGACUGGUAGUUUACCAGCUGCUUUCUUAUGUUUUGUGAUCUGAUUGGGAUCAGAAAACUAUCUGAUACAGUCAGCUAUUUGCAUUUAAAAAAGAAUGAAUAAGGUUAUGAAUAAGUAGUUUUUUUUAAAUCCUUCAUCUCACAUAUGCGCUUCUAAGAAGUACAUAUUUUGGAAGCGUGUUCUAUAACCAUAUAUGAAGUCAGAGACCAACAGUGUCACCAUCAAUUGCUAAUAAAAUGAAGCCAAAAGUUAUCAGAUAUUUUCUAAUGAAUAUGCAGUUGUGCAAGGACAACAUUUUCUUGACUAAGAAUGUUUCUAUACUAUAAAUAGUAGAAUGUGCUUGUUUAUAGCAUAACAAUUUGUUUUGAGCACCUCAUAAUAGAUUAUCCUGGUUGAUAUCAAUAUUAAAUUGUUGUUAUUCUUGCAGGUUAUGGAAUCUAUAGUGUUACCUUGUCUGAUACUCUUACGGAAACUCAUUUAUGCUGAUCCAGAUGUUCGUUUAUCUCUAGCACAGCAAUCAUCUUUGUUGCUUUCACUAUUCAGAGUUUCCCUGAUAUUCCAAAAUGAUCAAGCUGUUUUAACAGAAGCUACAGUAUUGCUUUGUCUUCUGCUGUUCGAUGAAGUAUCAAGAACAGAUAUGUGGACUGAGAGCAUAAACAAUAAUGGCACUGUCCUACCUUCCUUCAGUUUACCUGUUGCUGUUGUUAGACGAUAUCAUCUCCCUGUCAAGAUCACUGCUCAUCAUAUAGUUAGCCCUAAUUCCAUUGUAGUGCCAUUGUCUUCUGAAUGCUCGACUAUGAAACCUGUGUCAGAUAUGCUAAGGAUGUCUUGGAAUCUGUCGUGGUACCAUGGGACUGAAAACCUGUUGCAGCUGAAAAAUUACGAGAAGCAAGCAGAAACAUUUUUAGACACACUAAAACUCUCCUCAGAAGACAUCCUUAUACUGAAAAUAACUCACACAACCUAUGGACUGCAGGACAGUCUUAAUUCAAUCAUUCAGGCAGUAUCCCAUAGGGAUGUUAAAGCUUCUCUCAUUAGGCUCAGCUUUUAUGCUCUGAAUGACAGACUUGAUUUAAAAUGCAUCUCUGGGUCUUGUCAAACCAUUUUGAAGAGCAUUGUUUGGCAAAAAGCAAUAAAUAGGUAAGCAUACUGAAAGCAAAAAUGAAUUACAGGUAUGUUGUUUAAAUUAUAAAGUUCGUAGUUUUAAUUUCCUCAGUUUUAAGGAUUUGAUAGCCAAUGUACUUUGAUUCUGGUUGUUUUCUGUGCAUGUAGUUAAUCAGAAUGAUCCCAUAGAAAAUUUAUUAUGUGAUCCUGUAGUUGACUUCUGUUUCCUUGUACUUCCUAAAGCUAAUAGAUAAGACUAAGCACAGAUUAUACAGGUAAUAUCAUCAUUGACUUUGCUUGUAUGCUAUUUUUAUUUAUUUAUUUAUUUAAUUAUUUUCUGAGUGUUUGGUUUGUGCAUAGUUUUUCUUUCAUUAGGGCUGGAAUUAAUUUCUGUUCAUAAAAUGCAUCAUCUAUCUGUUUGCAAAUAGAUCUUUAACAGUACAAAAUGUGUAAUUGUAAUGUGUAAAUGUGCAAGGAAACGUGACUAUUCUGGAUGUGCUGAGUUCUGAGUAUAAUCCACCUCUGAGCAGUUCUCCACUAGUUCUGACUUUAAAGUUCUGUUUAGAGCCUACUGCCAUGUGAUUCAAAGUAUAAGUCCACUUAGUUCUAGUGUAUAGCUUUGUAUGUUUUGUUGACAGACUGGUAUAUCAAUACAGCACAAAUUCUGUUAAUUGUUUUGUGUUUUUGUUUGGUUGUUUUUUGUCUAUCUGUCCAAAUUUUGGUUCUAAUGUAUGGGCUGAGAAUCUUCUCCUGUGUACUGCUUAGGAAAAUGGGAAUGGUUUGUUCUAUACCACGCUCAAGCUACACAUUGAUAUGUUCUCAUAAUCUAUCAAUAUUUUGGCGCAGUAUGUAAAACUUGUACUAUUUUGGUUGCUAUCUUCACUCAAUCCAAGUAAAAGCUAACUUUUGAAACUGCUCAAUAUUUUCACUAAAUGCAAAUGAAAAGGAAAAUGAUUGUACGUGUGCAUUUGUUCUCCUGUAGCUUGGGAUCCAGCUAAAUACAGAAAUAGUUGUUUGGGCAUAUCAGCUUAAGGAAAUAGCUUCUGUCAC